UUAGCUAGAUGAGAGUUGAAGUAGAGGAGAGGAUUCGCUUAAUUUUUCCCCCAUAAAUAAUCGGACAAAAAAAAUCCCUUGCGUCUUUGGAGGUUCUCGCUUCCCACCCACCUUAUUUUAAGCAUUGCAUAUUGUAUAGGCUUACCUUUCAAACGAUGGCCAGACACUUUCGGGCAGAAGGAGCCCUGCAGUUGAGGUGUACACAACUACCGUGAUUUAAGCAGCCAGGUUUGGUCACAGGGAUCCAGAAGGGCCUCACGAUAUCCUGUUCAAAGCGCCUCUGAUGUUCUUUAAAAUAAGGCGUCUAAUGUCAAACGCACGGAAAACCUCUAGGAUGAGCCAGGUAUCCAGGUUGUAGCCGUAUUGCUCUAGAGGAAAAAGCAAUCUGGGCUCAUGGUAGAGGCCAUAUCUUGUAUUAGACCAGUAAGAUUUUUGCCAAAAAAAAAAAAAAAAAAAAAUCUUUAAUUGCAAGCUUUCGGGCACAAACUUAUUCAGGGUGAACCAUGGAUUUUGGCGUCUUACUGCUUUAUGAAAGGUUUCUAGUUGGCCUGAAAACAUUUGGGUAUGCUGAUGAAAAAGUGCUUAUAACGAUUCAAGGAUAAAACGGCUUUGAAGACUAGCAUUGCACGUGUGCUUACCUGCGAGGAUGUUUAAGUUUGUGAAACGUUUUUGGCACUUAGGCUAUUUUUCUCAUUGGUAACAUCUGCGGCUUAUAAACUGGAUAGGAAAAAAAAAAAAAAAAAAAGCCGGGGCGAAGUUGUCAGCGGUUAUUUCCAAGACAAGAGGCUGGUGUGAUGCCAUGAGCCUGCUUGUGACUUCUGGCCCUAAGGUCUUGACUCCCAUGUGUAUGACGUGCUCGUGCCGAUAGGAAAAGGUGUCUGCAUUUCAGGAAGAAGAAAAAAGAGAUGCCAGAGGUCCCAGCGGCGAGGAUGUGGCUUCUCAGGCGCCCUCCGUGCUGCUCUUGCAGCUCAGGGCUUUCUGGUGCCUUCCUCACCGGGACAGGGGCAGGGGCAGGGCCCGCGCCUGCCCUCACCGCCUGGGCGCCGCGGGCAGCCGGUCAGGUGCAGACAUCGGCAUCGCAGGGCCGAGGCUGAGCUCGGGCUGUCUCUGCCGCCGGGGACGUUCAGUCCGGUGCAGGAAGCGAAGUGCGGCUGCUGAACUUAUCAGCGGCCGCUGCUUGGUGCGGCGGUGAGAUGCUGGGGGCGGCACGGGCAGCCAGCUGCAACGUCCCGGGAGCUGGAGAAGAGCAGCAGGAAGCGCCGUGGUCGUGCAGAAAGGGCUGGAGCAUUGCAGGGAGCCACGACACCCGGGCUUGCCCAGCCGGGCUCUGACUCGGCCCCUCCGCUUUAGCGGCCCCGGCAGAGUUGGCCCCCGGGCGGGCACCGCGGUUGCUCUCGACCCCUUUAGGCAGCUUGUCUCUGCACGGGCCUCGCACACCGCUGCCCGGGAACCGGGCGCUCUCCUUCCGCCAAGCAGGCGAUAAGCCGGAGCGAGCAGCAGCAAGAGCCGCCCGGAGCCUUUCAGCAGGGCGCGGCGCCCGCCUCCCGGCGGCUCCUGGAAAUCCCAGCCGCAGCCCGAGUCUUCGCCUUUCCGAGCUACUUUCAUCGGGCUGCCCCACGGCUUCGUUUCUCUCAGGCUCUUUGUUACCGAAGGAGGGCAUUAGCUCUGAGCAGCUGAUUAAAAGCAGUUUCGCUUCGUUGCACUACCGCUUCGUGCUCUCGGCCCGGCAGUAGAUGAAUGCGAGUGGCCAGGAACUUGGUGCUACGGCAAUAACCGAUGGAAAUCACUGCUCCUCGGGAAGCCCGAGAUGGAAAUCUCGCCUCCCUGCACGGGUCUCAGUGGGAUUUCCUCCCAAGGCAGGGGAUGGACUGCUGUGAGCUUUGUGGGCUGGAGGCUGUCAGGGCUGGCCAUCUCAGCCUUCACCUUCACAGCCAUCACAUGCUUUACAAGAGGACUUGACCUCAGGAAGGAGAGGGAAGAUGUCCUCUGCCCAGCAAAUUGUCCCCUAUGGCAGUUCCAUGUCUAUGGAAAUGGUGUUUAUGCCUCCCUUUCUAGCAUCUGUGGAGCGGCCAUUCACAGUGGGGUGAUCACCACAUCAGGAGGACCUGUAAGAGUACAGAGCCUGCCUGGGGAGGAAAAUUAUCCUGCUGUGUAUGCCAAGGGGAUCCAGUCUCAGGCACUCACUAGAUGGGCUUCAUCUUUCUCAUUGUCCAGGGUAAAGAGUGUAGCCCUUGCAGCUGCUGGACAACCAGUAUCAACAGCGCGUCCCUCCACAGGAAAACGACCUAAGAAACCCCUUGAGAAAAAGACUGGGAACAAAGACUGUAAAGCAGAUAUUGCUUUUCUGAUUGAUGGAAGCUUCAAUAUUGGGCAGCGUAGAUUUAAUUUGCAGAAGAACCUUGUUGGGAAAAUAUCUGUGAUGCUGGGAAUUGGAGCUGAAGGACCACAUGUGGGAGUUAUACAAGCCAGUGAACAUCCAAAAAUUGAAUUUUAUUUGAAAAACUUUACUACUGCAAAAGAUGUUUUGUUUGCCAUAAAGGAAAUAGGGUUCAGAGGAGGCAAUUCUAAUACAGGAAAAGCCUUGAAGUUUACAGCUCAAAGAUUCUUCUCUAUGGACAAUGGAGCACGCAAAGGGAUUCCUAAGAUCAUAAUAGUUUUCUUGGAUGGCUGGCCCUCAGAUGAUUUAGAAGAAGCCGGUAUAGUGGCCAGAGAAUUUGGUAUCAAUGUAUUCAUUGUGUCUGUAGCAAAACCCACACCUGAAGAGCUGGGAAUGGUUCAAGAUAUUGGCUUUGUUGACAAAGCUGUCUGUCGAAACAAUGGCUUCUUCUCUUACCAAAUACCCACCUGGUUUGGUACUACUAAAUAUGUAAAACCCCUUGCGCAGAAGUUGUGCACUCAUGAGCAAAUGUUGUGCAGCAAGACCUGCUAUAAUUCUAUCAACAUAGCUUUUUUGAUAGAUGGCUCUAGUAGUGUUGGAGACAGCAACUUCGCCCUUAUGCUUGAAUUCAUCAGUAAUGUUGCUAAAGCCUUUGAGAUCUCCGACAUUGGCUCCAGAAUUGCAGCUGUGCAGUUUACCUACGAUCAACGUAGCGAAUUCAUUUUCAGUGACUACACCACAAAAGAAAAGGUUCUCACUGCAAUCCGGAACAUACGUUACAUGAGUGGUGGUACUGCUACUGGGGAGGCCAUUUCUUUCACAAACAAAAAUGUAUUUGAACCAGUGAAGAAUGGACCCAACAAAAAUUUCCUUGUUAUUUUGACUGAUGGUCAGUCUUAUGAUGAUGUAAGAGGGCCUGCAGCCGCUGCACACAAAGCAGGUAUUACAGUUUUCUCCAUUGGUAUUGCUUGGGCACCACUGGAUGAUCUGAAAGCCAUGGCCUCUGAACCAAGAGAUACUCAUACUUUCUUCACAAGAGAGUUUACAGGAUUGGAGCAGAUUGUUACUGAUGUUACUAGAGGCAUUUGUAGAGAUUUCUUGGACUCUAAUCAGUAAAGGAGAACCUGUUGGAUAUUACUACUUCAAAACUAAAUCAGGAAAGCUGAGAAUCUCUCUCUCAAGUGCAACUUUUCCAUUCUUUUAAUAUGCAAUCAUAAUGUGUUUGAAUAAGUUGCAAAGGCUGCCUUCUGCUUUCUGUAUUCAAACAAGGCUUCCAUUUAACAAGUUGUGUUUAAUUAAGGAUUGCAGAAUUUGGCCAAAGGUUACCAUUUUAAAUAUAUAUUUAACAUCCCAGAAUUUAAAUUUAAAGUUAUGCAUAUGUUACACUUACAAGAUAUCAGCUGUAUAAAGAAAUAGAAAAUAACUUAGUUCUCACAUUAAUGUACUGUCAUUUACCAGAUGUCACCUCAUAAAUGAAAAUUACUUUAAACAUAUAACACAACAACUUUUAUAGGAUCUAUACAAAUUAAGAUACUACAUUUAUUCCAGGAGGCUCUGUUAGUAUUGUAUUGAAAGGGCUAGCCUGGGAAUGUGUUGUUUUCACAGAAAUAUUUUCAUUAACAGGUGUACAACAGCAAAUAUUACCUUGAAACUUAGCAUUUGAGUCAGUUCUGAUUGAUCCAAACAAACCUGGGAGUGGCAGACUUUACAUACAUAGGUUGUCUCUGGAAUGAAUGACAAUUAAUUCAAAUUAGCUUCCAUUUUCCUGGGAAAAAUAUUAUGUCAAGAUACUUCACAGGUACUUAAAAUGGGACAAUGGAUUUGCACUUCCAUGGAAUCCCAGAAUAAAAGAGUUUAUCCACGGAGAAAUUUGACCUCCGUUUUACCCAUCAUGUAGUUUCUAACGUGAUAUGUGUCAGAUCUUUGAGGCCUUAUCACCUUGGCAAAAUGUCUUCCAACUGCUAUUGAAUUCAAUUCUUAAAUUUCUAGUAAAUUCAAAAGGUCUGAUUUUUCUUCUCUACCUUGCUUGUUGGACAGUCAUUUAAAUAUGGGUUGAAAAUGCUAGAAUGUUUAGUAGUGUUUAUGCUGACUUUUUUAGAGGUGUCAAUGAGGUAAAGUUCAAGGCACAGAACUAGGGCCAAAGCAAUUACAUUCACCCUUCAAAUGGGAGCUGAGGACAUUAAGACUGAAAAUCAAAAGUAGCUCAGAUGACCAGCUUUAAUUUGCCUACAGCAGUUUACCAAAGCCAAUAGAGAGGACUGUAAGUAGGAAGAGAGAGAGAGAGAGAGAGGGAGAGAUAGGGCAUGAUGACCAGCAAAUGAUUACUUUUGCAGCAGCUGUUUGAUACCAGUUAUAACAUCUUUAAGCCCUUACUAGUGUGGGUUGUUAAACAUGAAAAUAGUUCUUGAACAUCUCUUCCAUUUGCUUACACCUAUAAAUGUACACAUGUCUUUGAGAUUAAAAUUAGCAAUUCACUGCAAGAGGUGUUCAGACAUCUGAAACUAACAGUACAUUUUGAUUGAAGUAUUUUCGGAUAACCCAGUGUAUUUCAGGUAAGAUUCUGUUAACAAAACAGCACUUUCCUGUUUAAAUAUCAGUCUGGGGUUUCUUUCAUUUCUUUCAGUUUGUGCUAUUGGUUGUAAAAUUCUAACUAGAUAUGAAUGGUACAGAAGGGAUGAUAUUUAUCAGGCUUUUUGUAGUGUAUUUUUUUUAAUAACUUAUGACUGGCAAUAUAUUACACUAAACAUGAAUGGCAAGGAUGCCUUGUAUUUUUCUAUGAUUGUUAUCCUUAAUUUUAUGUGUGUUUUUAGAUGUGGUUUUCAGCUAUUGCUGUAAGAAUCAGCCACGUAUUCAGAGACAAUAUCAACAUUGUGCAGACUAUAAAAGUUUUGCCCACUUAGCUUUAACUUUUUUAUAUGAAAAUACACAUAUUGCAAGUACAUUUUUAGACUGGGACAGCAGAUACGUAUUACUAUUCUGUAAUGCAAAAUCAUUCUGUGAUGAGAUAAACCUCCUGUAAUACAGAUCAGAUAUGCCAAUAAAGCAAACAACAUAAAGAA